AUGGCCAAAUGGGCCGAGGGCAACCGAAGACGGAACGGCACACCGCAAAACGAGUCACAGCAGGUGUCGCACGAAAACGAGAAAACGAGGGUGCUGGAUCCUGUCUACGAGCUGACACCCUCUGAGAACCGUACUCUGGACACCAAGGCUGGUGUGGCGAACAGCCAAGUGGAAUGCGCUGCCGCCUGCUAUGCUAUUGGAAGCAAGUUUGUGGCUGGCAUUGAGAACGGCAAUGAAUGCUGGUGCUCCAUGGCCACGCAAGCGGGUGCCAUUGGCAACUCGGCCGACCCCAGUAUGUUGCAUGACUCCUUUCCUUGCUUUCUUCAAUUCUGCGCCCGCUCAUGCUCGUUGGCUUGCUCGCAAACAGGUGCCUGUGAUAAGCCCUGUGCCGAUGCACCGACGGAGAAAUGCGGCGGCUUUUUUGCUUUAACUGAGUUUGCCUUUGCCUGUCAUGCCGCGCCCCACCCCAACACGACUGCCACGGCCACACCCACCUCCAACCCCAACACGACCGCCACGGCCACACCCACCUCCAACCCCAACACGACCGCCACGGCCACACCCACCUCCAACCCCAACACGACCGCUACACCCGCCUCUACCACCGCACCCGCGCCGACCACGACAGUGUCCCCUACGGCAAAUAAGCAGACGCUUGUAGCAGAGGGCCACAUUGCUGUGGCCUUUACUGAUCUCAUUAUCAGCUACGUCGAGGGUAUCCCCAUGACCGUGCCGUGCACGCCUCAUGCUACCCACACCACCUUUGAACCCGCCAACUGCACCGAGACCGGUUCUUGGUCUAUUUUUGCCGCCUCUGACUCCUCCAUCAUUCUCCAGCGCCACGUGUUUGAUGCCGACAUGGCCGCCACCACUCCUGCCCCAGCCAACUCGACCAGCACCACCACUCCUGCCCCGGCCAACUCGACCACCACCACCACUCUUGCACCGAGCAACUCGACCACCACCACCACUCUUGCACCGAGCAACUCGACCACCACCACCACUCUUGCACCGAGCAACUCGACCACCGCCCCCAUGUCCACCACAACGGCCAUGCCAUUGCCGGCGGAGGUCCGCAUCAAUCAAAUGACAAUCGAGUUUAGCCGCAAGACCAAGGCCAUAACUAGCAUUACGUUUGCUCACACUGUGGGCAACGCAACCCUCUUUACGAUUGUCUUCAAUGGCGCGGACCUGGCCAACAUCAUGAAGGUGGUUGAACCCAAGCACUCGUUCGCCUGCUCACAUAUCAACGUCAAGGGUACACUCUACAACGGUGCAAUGGAAAAGUUGAGUGCCGCAACCCUGGCCAUCGCUCCCCUCCAGUAUCAGGCCGACUCUGUGGGCAAUGCCACGUUUGCUCCUCCUGUCCCAUGCGCUGCCGACCAACCCACGACCUCCUCGACCUCUUCCACUGGCUCGCCGGGCACCACGAGCUCCCCAAGCAGCAAGAAGCACAAGAACAAGGGCGGCGCCAUUGCCGGUGGUAUUAUUGGUGCUAUUGCCGGCGUGGGCCUCGUCUUUGGCAUCAUUCGAUGGAAGACGGGCUCUUUCACCCCCUGGUCUCGCCAAGACGCAUACACGCCCAUUGAGAGCGAUAUCCAUAUUGAGCGGUCUUGCGGCAAGAUGACUGCUCGACAAGCAUUCGCCGUGGCGCGGCGGGCGUGCAGCGAGGUGGCCGAGUACAUGGUUCAGCGUGGCAUGGAUGACAGCCUGCAAAGCCUCGGGGCGGCCAUGGUGCUGCGACGGGUGGUGCAAAGCAGAGCACCUGGCAGCCGGGCAUUUGUGAUUCGUGGGGUGGUGCAAACAGAGGAGCAGGGUCAGCUGAAUCACCGGCCGAGCUUUGCCGUCGAGCUCGAGUCGAACUACUUUGACCCGUCCCUGGAGGCAUGGCGCCAUCAGCUGCUACAUACUGCACGGCAUGAGAAUGUCUUUGAGAGCGACCAUGAAGCGGAAGCCUUUUUCAGCGAGCACAUGUCCUUUGCCCCCCAUGCCGCCCUCGGCUCCAUCACCAUGCUGGAGGGCGCUGCGCUCGCCAACAGCCGGCGCCAGGACCAGUUGUUUGCUUUAGCGGAACAGAAUGAGAGCUUGUAUUGGCGCAAAGCCGAUCGCGUCACACUCAAAAUGCGCACCUGGUUUGACAAGCUACCCGCCUAG